AUGCCUGAAGUAUCGGCAGCUAAACGUAUCAAAAAGAAUGAUGAAGAAAUUGAUCAAAAUAAUAAGAAACGGCUUAUUGUUAUAAUGGAGAAAUGCUCGUUAGAGAGUGCGAAGGUAGGCAAAGAUUAUGUGAUUCUCUCUAGUGACAAACAUGCCAACUUUAUUCGGAACCAGAAAAAAGAUCCCGCUGAUUUUCGGCCAGAUAUUCUACAUCAGUGUCUCCUGAUGCUUCUUGAUAGUCCAUUAAAUCGAGCAGAUUUAUUGCAAAUUUAUGUGCAUACCGCCAAUAACAUACUAAUCGAAGUAAACCCUCAGAUUCGUAUCCCGAGGACAUUCGAUCGAUUCUGCGGUUUGAUGGUGCAGUUGUUACAUAAAUUAUCGAUACGUGCAGCCGACAGUUCAGUGAAGUUGUUGAAAGUGAUUAGGAAUCCAGUAACCAUCCAUCUGCCCACUGGUUGUCGGAAAGUGCUGGCAUCAUAUCAAGCAUCAGAAUACAUGACUUGUAGGCAAUUUGCAGAAAGCGCUGAUAAUAAACCCAUCGCAGUCGUUAUUGGUGGAUUUGCGAAAGGAAAAGCUACUGUGGAUUAUACCGAGGAAGAAGUGAAACUAAGCAAUUUUCCGUUGAGCGCUGCUUUGACAUGUUCUAAACUAACAUCCAGUUUCGAAGAAGUGUGGAAAGUUGAAGAAGAGAACCGAUAA